GUUUAACAUGGUCAGUCAUCCAAAUAGUCACUUAUAAUUGAGCCAGUUCGGUCUCGGGUAGUAAUAAUAGUUUCGUUCCACAAUGAACAAGUGUCUCUACCUUCUGUCCAUCAUCGUCUUCGUGACGACCGUCGGAGCAAUUUGCUUUAUUGUUUACGCGGCCUUCAACACAAACGAAAAACCCUUGUCCUGGGAAAUAAUAAGCCGCGAUGAGUGGGCGGCUCGCCUACCCAAAGGACGAACCCACAUUCAUGGUCCUGUUGAGUAUGUUGUUGUUCAUCACUCUUUCAUACCGGAUGUGUGCCUUACUACGGACGCAUGCAAGGCAGCCAUGAGAUCCAUGCAGGACUUUCACAUGGAUGGGCACGGCUGGGACGAUAUAGGUUAUAGUUUUGCCGUCGGUGGUGAUGGGAAUGUGUACGUUGGCCGUGGAUUCGGUGUGGUUGGUGCACAUGCUCCACGCUAUAACGACAAGAGUAUUGGAUUACUGCUAAUAGGCGAUUUUAUGGAGAAAUUACCACCAAAACCAAUGAUGGAAGUUGCACAGAAAUUUAUCGCCUAUGCGGUAGAACACAGUCAUGUGAGAGCAAAUUACACGUUGUACGGGCACAGGCAAGUCAGAGACACCGAAUGCCCUGGGAAUGCCUUCUUUCCGGUACUGAAAAACUGGCCGCACUGGAAAGCCAACUGAAUUUGCUUCAUAAUAUACGUAUCGCAAAAUAAAGCUAACCUCGAGAGCAUGUGUUUUAGUUGGAAUUUGGUUUCAUGUAAUUUAUGUAAGGUUCACUUAAUGUAUCUAUACAUCUAUAGAUACUUUAUAUUCUCUGUGAUAAAAUCAAAUUGUUUGUGUAAAAAGAAAACGGAACAAAAAUA